AUCACGCAGCACGUUUGUUUUCGGUGGACGGCGAGCGGCAGGGCGCUACUGAAGUUGCUGUGAAGUGAAGUGUCUCGGUGCAGAAGUAGCUUUUACACUGUGCACAGGCGAACAAACAGGGAUUAACAAAAUGUCUUCUGCUGAGCCCAUUAUCAGAUCGAGACAGACAGAGAAAGACGUCAAUGGAAUUUCAACACAGGUCAUCUGUACAGAGUUCAGCAAUUACAUAUUCGUAGUUCUCACUCAGUACGGCAAAAUCGGAACAUUGAUAUCUGUCACACCUGACUCCAGAUCUAAUGAUAUCAGCACCCCGACGUUCUCCACCAAAGUACUGCUGGGCAAAGAUGAGCCACUGACACAUGUCUGUGCCAAAAACCUGGCAACGUUUGUGUCGCAAGAAGCCAGCAACAGGCCCAUAUUACUGGGACUAGCACUCAAGGAUUCCUCCAUAGAUGCAAUAAAACAAAUGAAAGAGAUAAUCAAAAGUUGUCAAGUCUGGUAGGACGUCAACAAGAUGGACAUGAAGCCUGAAGGCUUAAUGCAAAACAGACAUUCUGGAUGCCCCCAAUGUCACCUUAUUCUUCUUCUGUCUUUUUAGUGAAAUUAUUUUACUGUUUACUAAAAUGCCAAUCUGUGACUAAAAGAACCCAGAGGCUUGUGCCCCAAGACAGAAAUGUAUAAAUCCAAUUUCAUUUACUCUGAUCCUUUUGAUUUGUUGAGACAGUAAAAAAUGUCUUCUGGAAAACAUAAUUUAGACGUUAUCUGGUUGUAAAUAAGGAUUUUCUGGAAGGCAGUGUGCUCUCAAAAACUGAUGAAUGUGCAUUGAACCCGUUAUAGCUUGCAGAAUAAUGGCCAAUAGCUCCAGUUUCAUCACCACACAAAAUCUGUAUUCAACUUAUCCUUUGUUUUGUAAUUUGUAAUACUCAAUACUGUCUGUUUGUUUGUAUUUUUGAAUAUUCUAAAUUGUUUCAUGAAGAGAAUUUAAAAAUAAAAGUGGUCACUU